AAUGAUCAGUCAUGUGACAAGUUUUUGUGAUCACGAGUCCUGUCAUGCAUGGCCUGUUUUCGAUUGUUUUGAAUUAGGUAAUUCAUUGUGAACAAGAUCAUGGCCGAAGUAAGGUUGUUUUGUAUAUUACUGCUGUUAGCAGUUUGUACAGCUGUUAGAUAUGAGCCGAAUUGGGAAUCCCUUGAUGCAAGACCCUUGCCAUCAUGGUAUGAUCAGGGUAAAAUAGGUAUUUUCUUACAUUGGGGUGUUUUCUCUGUGCCAAGCUAUGGAUCGGAAUGGUUUUGGUGGCAGUGGCAAGGACAGAAGAUCCCAGCAGUGGUUGAUUUCAUGAAACAGAAUUACAGAGCUGAUUUCACGUAUGCAGACUUUGCUCCGAUGUUUAAAGCAGAAUUUUAUAAUCCAGACCAAUGGGCUGAUAUAUUCAAUGCUUCAGGCGCUCAAUACGUUGUCUUGACAACCAAACAUCAUGAAGGUUUCUGUAACUGGCCAUCAAAAUAUUCCUGGAAUUGGAAUGCUGGAGAUGUUGGUCCUAAGAGAGAUUUAGUUGGAGAUUUAGCUAAUUCCAUCAGGAAACGAACCAAUAUUCAUUUUGGUGUUUAUCAUUCUAUGUUUGAAUGGUUUAAUCCGUUAUUUCUUCAAGAUCAAGCCAACAAUUUCACCACACAGAAUUUCGUUAGGGACAAGACAAUGCCAGAAUUAUAUGAAUUAGUUAAUAAUUAUGAACCUGAUUUAAUUUGGUCUGAUGGUGAUUGGAUGACGACAUAUGAUUAUUGGAAUGCUACAAACUUCCUGGCCUGGCUUUAUAAUGAUAGUCCUGUUAAAGAUAAAAUAGUUGUUAAUGAUAGAUGGGGAAACAAUGCCAGAUGUAAACAUGGUGGAUUUUUAGAUUGUGAUGACAGUUAUAACCCAGGCACUCUGCAGAAGAGAAAGUGGGAAAACUGUAUGCACCUUGAUAAAUAUUCCUGGGGCUACAGACGAAGAAUGAAAUACGAAGAUGUUUUAGGAAUGCAGCCCCUCUUACAAGAAAUGAUGGAAACUAUUAGCUGCGGAGGAAACAUAUUGAUAAAUGUUGGUCCGACAAGCUACGGGGAAAUUCCUCCAAUAUUUGAAGAACGUCUACGUCAGAUGGGAGAAUGGUUAAAAGUAAAUGGUGAAGCUAUAUAUGGUAGUAAACCGUGGAGUCAUCAAAAUGACACAGUUACUCCUGGUAUCUGGUAUACCUCUAAAAAUGGAUCUACUGGACCAGUGGUGUAUGCAAGUGUUCCACAGUGGCCUGAAAAUGGAGAACUGUUUCUAGGAGCUCCGAUGCCGUCCUCUUCUACUAAAGUUACUUUAUUAGGUUAUCCUAAAAUAUUUGAUUUUAACCCUGGUGUGAGUGGAGGUCUGACUAUCUCAAUUCCGACCAUCUCUGUUAAUGAUAUGCCUUGUCAAUGGAUAUGGGUGUUUAAAUUAGAAGGAAUAAAGAAUUAAAUGCAGUAAUACUCACUAUAUUAAUUCAAACUUGUGUUCACAAAUGGUACUUACUAGACGUAAUGUAUAGAUGUUCAUCAUUCGAUUUCCAUGAAAGAUUGGUAUAUAAUAAUAACUCUUUAAUAAAAAAAAUAAUAAUCACUUAAUGACGAAAGGGUAGAAAUUUAGGUCUGGGGCCGUUCUUUUAUUUUACCCUUAUUAACAACAUCAAGCAUGCAUAAAACCAAGCAAUUUUUUUAUUAAAAGUGUAAUACAUGUAAAUAUUUGUCUAACCUACCCCUCUGCUAACUUAAAAUUCAUAUUUUCUCAAAGGUUCUUGAUGAUAUUAAUUUUGUAACAUUCUAUUUUCAAUUUCAUUUUUUGAUCUUGAAUUCUUCAGUAAAAAAUAUUUUCAAACUAUUUUCUCUUUCAAGGAAUUCCAGAGCCACUAUUAUUACACAUGAUGUUUUUUUAAUACUGCUUUUAUAUCACUGAUGGGUUUUUUAACUUGAAUUCCUUAAUGAAAAAUAUUUUUCAAACCAUUUUCUUUCCAAGGAAUUCUAUAGCCACCAUUAUUACAUUGUUUGAUUUUAAUAUCGGCUUAAUGUCAUUGAUAAAUUUUUAGAAAACUAAAUGUCUAUAUAUUUUGACAUAUCACAGUGUAUUCGAAUUUUAAGAUUUCACAAAUGACAAAGUAUUUUAAUUGUGUAAAUGAAUUUAAGAAUAUAUCUUAUUUUGAAAAUAUUUUAAACAGUAUUCUAAAAGUUUGUAUUCAUUAAUUAAAUUGUUAAUUGUGUAUUUUAAUUUUGUAAUUUCACAAAGUAUUAAUAUUGUAAUUGUAGUAAUAAAUUUUAUUUUAAUUAUUUUAGUACCACAGGAUGAUUGUACUUUGCGACACUAUUUUUAUAUCCACUAACCAUUUUUACAUAUUGUUGAAUGUAUUCGCAUUUGUAUUUAUGUAAUGUAUGUAUUUGUUGUUUUAUCCACUUAACGAAUAAUUUCAUAUUUCCGUUGAUGGUUUUACCACUUAAGAAAAUAAUUCCAUUUUAUGAUAAUAGAUGAUUUGAUAUUUAUAUUGAAAGUUUAUAUAUUUGGAAAUUUAAUUUUGUCAAACUUGACAUUCCAUUUUGUUGUAAAUAUUUUUAAUUCUAUAAUUGAUAAUUUUCUACCCAAUUUAAAUGUUUUUUUUUUCUUCUAAAUUUCUUUUGGACCAACACUGUUAUAUUAUUUUAUGAUACUAGUUUAAAGAAUAGUAAAUUUAACUGACG